AUGUCCCUCCUCCACUAUUUCCUCUACAAAAUUCUAGCAGCGCUCGUCCGAACGACGGUCUCCUUACGUCGCGGGUUCCGACCGCUCCGCACCACCCCCGAUGCCACCAUCCGGAUCCCCUCGCGCGAACUCCCCCGCACCAUCAAAGCGCACCUCUACCGGUCCACCGCGACCGGGCCGUCGCCCGUCCUGGUCAACUUCCACGGGAGCGGGUUCGUCCUCCCCAUGCACGGCAGCGAUGAGGAGUUCUGCCGCCUGAUCAGCCGCCAGACGGCCUACACCGUCGUCGACGUGCAGUACCGACUCGCGCCGGAGCACCCGUUUCCGGCGGCCUACCACGACGCCGAAGACGCCGUGCGCUGGGUCUUCCAGCAGCGUCAGCAGUUUGACCGCUCCCGCGUCGCCGUGUCGGGGUUCAGCGCGGGCGGGAACCUCGCGCUGGGCAUGUCCUCGCUGCCCCCCAAAGCACCCCCGAUCCACGCCACCGUGGCCUUCUACCCCGUAGUCGACCUAGCGACCAGCCCCGGGGCGAAGUUCGCGCCCGACCCGAAGGGACGGCCUCUACCCAAGUGGUUGAUGCGGUUCUUCGACCGGUGCUAUGUCCGAGGCCCGUUCGACACCCGGGACCCGCGCAUCUCGCCGUUCUACGCUGAGGCGCAGGGUUUCCCGCGACGGGUGCUGAUCGUGACGGCCGCGGGGGAUAGUCUGGCGGAGGAGGCCGAGGCGCUGGGGAGGAAGAUUAGGGAGAGGGUUGAAGACGGAGAUGGGAAGAAUCGCGUAGUAGUGCAGCGGAUGCAGGGGUGUAAUCAUGGGUGGGAUAAAGAAGCGGGCCCGGGAAGUGUGGGGGAGGAUGCGAAGGACAAAGCCUAUGCCAUGGCCGUGGCGUUGUUGACUUAG